UGGAGCACUGGAGCACUGGAGCAGAGAGACGCGCGAGGAGGGAAGAGCAGGCUGAUGUUAAACUACAGGAAACAGCUUAGUUGAUCUUAAUGACUAAAUGCUUCUUACUGCAGUUAUAUAGCCUUUAUAUAUUUUUUUAUGGAGACAUGACCAUUACGCGCUUGCUUGUUUUGUAGCCUUGAUAAGUGAUUGAGAACUGCACGUAUAGCACGUUUUAGAUACUUUACCUGUUUGGAUUACCAUCCCUGCCAAGUAAUGACAGGUUAGCAGCUCAACUUUGGACUUAAUGCAUGCGUAACCACUUCUCUGCACCCGGCUGAUUACUUAUCAUAAUAACUGACUCUUUUACAAUGAUCACUGAAGGUCAGGUUUUAGCGCGACGCACUUGUCCACAUACUGAAUGUUUUUUUCUUUUGCGACCCUGACUUGAUUUACAGAUAACAUCUGAAUUUAUUAAACCGGGAUUACAGUGAUGAUAUUCACAAGUGGGUUUUGAUCGCAAGCCUACUUUUGGUCCACUUUAAAGCCAUGACAAACCGGAACAUGACUUGGGCAAAACUUUGCUGUGCGCUCUCUCGGGUCAUCUAGUCAGAAAAGUGUUUAAUCUUAUGUAGUCUAAAGAAGAUGUUAGGAAGUCCGUCCAACAACGGCGGUAUCAGAAUGCUGGUGCCCCCGGCUCAGAACGACGACAGGCGGGUAGAGUUCGUGGCUCUCACCGCUGUCCACACGGAGAGGAGCGAGCCGUCCACACCGGAGCGCGGACACCCGUCUCACCGCACAGGGCUCCUGGGCACCCCGCUGCCCGGCCCGCCGGGACCGAGAGCCAACUCGUCCGCUUCGAGCAAACGCUACAGAAAGUUGCAGAACUGUCUCUACAACGUGCUAGAAAGACCAAGAGGAUGCGCUUUCAUCUACCACGCGUUCAUUUUCCUCCUGGUGUUCAGCUGUUUGGUGCUGUCCGUGUUCUCCACCAUCCCCGACCACCAAAAGUUUGCGAACCAAGGCCUCUUCAUCCUGGAGUUUGUGAUGAUCGUGGUGUUUGGGUUGGAGUACUUCAUCAGGAUCUGGGCGGCUGGCUGUUGUUGCAGAUAUCGGGGAUGGCAGGGGCGGCUGAGAUUUGCCAGGAAGCCCUUCUGUGUCAUAGACUUCAUAGUAUUUGUGGCUUCCCUGGCAGUGAUAGCAGCCGGUACGCAGGGGAACAUCUUUGCCACGUCAGCCCUGCGCAGCAUGCGAUUUCUGCAGAUCUUGCGUAUGGUUCGUAUGGACCGACGGGGAGGCACCUGGAAACUUCUGGGCUCAGUUGUUUACGCUCACAGCAAGGAGCUGAUUACAGCGUGGUACAUCGGUUUCCUGGUCCUGAUCUUUGCCUCCUUUCUAGUUUACCUGGCAGAGAAAGACAUCAACUCAGACUUCAACACCUAUGCAGACUCCCUCUGGUGGGGGACUAUUACUCUAACCACUAUCGGCUACGGUGAUAAGACCCCUCGUACCUGGCAAGGACGGCUCCUAGCUGCCGGCUUUGCUCUGCUGGGAGUUUCCUUCUUUGCCCUGCCCGCUGGAAUUCUGGGAUCAGGCUUUGCUUUGAAGGUUCAGGAGCAGCACCGACAGAAGCACUUUGAGAAGAGGAGGAUGCCUGCUGCCAACCUGAUACAGGCUGCAUGGCGUCUCUACUCCACAGAUGCCAAACACUCCUAUCUAACAGCUACAUGGUACUUCUAUGACAGCAUGCUGCCUUCGUUCAGAGAACUGACGCUCCUGUUCAGUCAUCUCCAGCGACAACGUAACAACAAGAAGGUUCUCCACAACUCCUACCACGCGCUGCUGUCUGGGCUGCGGCCCUACAGCUCCCCCUACCUUUCGGGGGACAGGAAGGCAGAGACUCCAUGCAGUCAACUGCUUUCUAAAAAACGGGGUCUCUUCCGGAUUCAUGGUGGCCGCAAGCAGAGCAGUAAAAUGGGAUUCCGGGAUCGGAUCAGGAUGAACAAUUCCAGAUCGUCCCAAACCCUUAAGAACAAGACGUCUCCACUGCCCCCGGGCUCAGGUGUCCGCCGCUCUCCCAGCCAGGAGAACGUCCAAGAGGCCACCAGCCCGGGGAAGGUCCAGAAGAGCUGGAGCUUUAACGACCGCACACGUUUCCGCACCUCGCUUCGACUCAAACCACGCCCACCUGUCGAUGUGGAUGGUGUCGGUGAGGACAGUGUGGAGGACAAACCAUAUUGUGACGUGGCCAUGGAAGACGUAAUCCCUGCAGUGAAGACUCUCAUACGCGCUGUCAGGAUCCUGAAGUUCCUUGUGGCCAAGAGGAAGUUUAAGGAGACGCUGCGCCCGUAUGAUGUGAAGGACGUCAUAGAGCAGUACUCUGCAGGACACCUGGACAUGCUGGGACGUAUUAAAAGCCUGCAGAUGAGGGUCGACCAGAUAAUUGGGCGAGGAGCCGUCCAGCCUGAUAAGAAGGCUCGUCCUGAAAAGGGAGAGAAGACACCGCCAGAACUGGACCCACUGGAUGAGCUGAGCAUGAUGGGCCGUGUAGUCAAGGUGGAGAAACAGGUCCAGUCUAUAGAGAACAAGCUGGACCUCCUUCUCAACUUCUACUCCCAGUGCCUAAAGAAAGGCUCCUCCAACUUCACGCUGUCCUCCCUCCUGGACCCGGACCUGACAUCCGACUACCACAGCCCCACGGACCAAAGAGACCUCUUCCCCUCCGCAAACACACUCAACAUCUCCAUGUCAGAGAGCGGAAACUUGGAAGGACAUUGACCUGAGCAGUCUUUGGGGCUGUUCGAAUACAAACCCUUUACAGAACGUCCUCCUGCAGCUGAGGCCUCAAAUGUCUGCUCUUCACUUGAUUUCAUAUCAGUCUGGGAUAUGUCUUUUUUCUUUUCAUACCUCCUCUCUCUACCAGAGUGAAUGUGUUGCCAGAGCUGAUACAGAAAGAGGCCACUAGAGGGCUUCACCUGUGAAGGAGCCUCAGCCAAAGCGGACCUCACACAAGCCUCUCAACUGAACAUGAGAAGACAUUAAAGACUUGAACCACUACUGAACCACUUUCACCCACCAACCUCAAUAUAUCAUUAUAAUGUGUAUUUACAUAUAUAUAUAUAUGUUUAUAUGUAUAUAUGUAUAUUUAUAUAUAUAUAUAUUUAUAUGUAUGUAUAUAUAUAUAUAUAUAGAUAUGGAAACCUUUGGCUGUGGCUUUUUGUAAUUUUUGAAGAACAUCUUCCCCCAUUGUCAUUUAUUUUUUUCUUGGCUGCUUGAAUGAACUGACUAAGAAUUGCCCACUUUGUGAUGUGAAUGAUGAAAUGGGUUCCUUGCUCAACUGUGCAUUCGUACUGUAAAAUAAGAAUUUUAAAGAAAGUGCAGAAGAAUCCCUCAACAUGGGCAUCUGCCCCCUCAGACUUGGACAGGCAGACUGGACACACACACACACACACACACCUCAAAUGCAAGCAGGAAAAAUGUGUUGAAGUGCGCGAUGUGUACAGUGUUUUGUCUUUGGUCUCAUCUUUUAUGUUUCCAACAAGCCCACAUGCAAAAAAAAAGGGAUGCUAUUCCCCGUUUGCCCAUUCAUUUGAGUCCUAUUUAUUUAGGAUAUAAUAGAGUUAAAUGUACUUUCACAGGUCCAAAAUCCCUUCUUCGCUUUGUUUAAAGGCUACUUUUGCUUUUUAGUACUUCAGUAACCUUUUCAUAAAGACACCCAUUAAGCCUCUCUGUCUUGCAGCCUGUCCUCCAGAUUUGCAUGUCCCAUGAACUAGUUCUAUAGAUAAAACCUUACUGAUCCUUAGUCAGAAUUUAGACAUUUAGAGAUCCAGCCUAAUAUUCAUCACAACCUUUCUCUUAGUCUACUGCAGUCACCACCUGUAGAGACUCCUCGGCCAGUUUUGUGCAAUUUUGAUACCAUAAAAAAAACUGUAAAGCGUCCUGGUCUAAUGCAUGAACUCCAGGCCUUUGUCCUCAUGAAUGCAAAAGUCUUAGGAAGUGGAUCCAGUCUUACAGCUUCAAAAAAUUUGCAAGGAUUCGACUAUCCUUUCCGGUCCUUUUUAAUCAAAUUUGUGGUUCUUUCCUCAAGAUUCUUGAUGCAAAUCUGUGCUUUUGGACAAAACUGGAGAGUGCAAAAUGCACAAACACACACACAAAAUACACAUUGAAAGCAAUUGCUUUACUUAAGUUCUUUGGCACUUGAUAUAAAUGACAUGUUUUUGUCUUUGUUUUGAUUGUUUACUGUAAUUCUGUUCAUGCACUCAAUUCUGUGUAACCUAUGAUAGUAAAAAUGUUUUUUAUGAUAGAUGGUUUAUGAAUGAUUUUGGUUAUUAAAGUGAAUGUAGGAUUAUAAAUAAUAUAUUUAAAUAAGUCAAAUAUGAUCUUUUAAUAAAUGUAGUAUUUUUUGUCAA